GCUGCCGCGCGAGAUUCAGCGAAGCAGCGAGAUGCGCUGCACGCUCUAUAUAUGUAUGUCACCGAGGUGGUGUGCUCCAUCGCUCCGAUAUUCGUAUCAACGCGAGCUGGCCGUUAAGUAUCGCCGCUGACGUUUCGCUGGCCGGGAUGACGCAUGAGUGAUUGGGAAACGGCAGCCCGAAGUCGGUGUUACGUCGCGGACGCCCGGACGAUAGCUAGAAUGCACGGACGCCCUCGCCGCGGCACGACGUACGUGUACUCGCAAGUGAGCCGAGCUCGCGAUGGACGCGGCCAUGUUUCCUGCUAGCAGAAAUCCUGUCCGUUAGUGACUCGCGUUGAUCGUGUGCCACCGAAAGAGCGGAGCGUGCAGAAUGCCGAAAUGCGAUGUGAAGACGAGGUAUCUGCCAGCUACGUUCGCGUGGACAGUCCUACUCGUCACCACAGCGCUCUUCUUCAUCUUCCCGUGCUCGAACUACUAUGUCUCUCGAUGGGGCUGGUGGGUGCCGGCUCUGCAGGGAGGCAUCACUUUCUUCGUGGUAAUAAACUUCUCGCUAGCGACGUUUAUGGACCCCGGUGUUAUACCAAAAGCGCCUCCUGACGAAGACCGGGAGGAUGAUUUUCGAGCUCCGUUAUACAAGAGCGUGGAAAUCAAUGGCAUUACCGUGCGCAUGAAGUGGUGUGUCACCUGCAAGUUUUAUCGACCUCCACGUUGCUCACAUUGCAGUGUCUGCAAUCAUUGUAUUGAGACGUUUGACCAUCAUUGCCCAUGGGUAAACAAUUGCAUUGGUAGGCGAAACUACAGAUACUUCUUCUUUUUUCUUCUGUCACUCAGUUGUCAUAUGAUCAGUAUAUUUGGGCUCUGUCUAUAUUACUUACUAGAGCAUAAAGAGCAGCUGAGUGAAGUUAACACUAUUGUUGCACUCGUACUCAUGGGAGUGGUACUGCUCUUGUUCAUUCCAAUUUUUGGACUGACUGGUUUUCACGUGGUCCUUGUUUCCAGAGGACGUACUACGAACGAACAGGUAACUGGCAAAUUUAAUGGAGGCUACAAUCCUUUUUCUCGUGGCUGUCUGCGCAACUGCUGUUACACACAAUUUGGACCACAAUACCCAAGGUAUUGCAAGGAACCAAGCUUACUUAAGCCCGAUAAGUAUUUAGGAAAGCGACGUGGAGCAUGUGCAUCGGAAAUAUCUACUAUAGACAGUGAGAACCAGGUAAAGACCUACAUGGAUAGCAGCAAUGGUGCUGGUAUUAGAAAUGCCAGUUCAAAUGCUUACAAUAAGUUAUCUCCUGGACGAGAUGGAUCGGAUACAGACAUGGAACCAACGGCGUCUCAGUCCGCGGAUUGCGAACCUACGCCACCGUUGCAGAGACACGGUUCCAAAAGUAACUUCUUCCUGCCACCUGUGGAGAACAAUGAAUCUCCCAGGCAUCCUCUGCCGUUGCAGCAUCGCCAUCCAAUACAUUAUCCUAAAGGCAGUCCACAUCCAAGGCCAAGAGGGAUGAACGGAUCUCGAAGUCACACUCCCGACCCGUUGUCACCGGAAACGAGUGGCUCGCCCGCCACAGUCCCUCAACGUCAGGGUGGCGCCAGUCCUACGAUGCAACAACGUAUUAAAGCUAUUGGAGUACCCACUCCACUUGCCAUAUCCAGCCCUAUACGAAGAUCAAACCCGGGUACACCGACGCAGGUUCGUCGGCCGGAUUUCAUAGGCGUGAACGAAACGCCGACGUAUUACGAUGUACAGCAGGGAAACAAUAUGGCAGUCGGCGUUCCCGGUUCCGUCAUUACUGGCUACAGCCCGCAGCGGCGUUUCUUAUCAGAAAGCGAGCUCGUGCGGCAGGGUACCGAUCAUCCGUAUUCGCGAACCAACAACACGGUCGACAACAUACGUGAACUGGCGGGUUCUCCGCAACGCGGUGUUUACAUGUGGAAAGACAACUCUCCUGGCAGCUAUCCAGGUCCACCUCUUGGACCUGGAAGUGUGGUAAGCGGCGCGCCCCAUCAGUCGCCUUCUCAUCGACCGCCUCCGGCGUACGACUACUAUCGCUCUAAUCCCACGAGCCCGACUCAGCAGUCGCAGUACGCGACGAACGCUCCCAAGGCAGCGUAUCAUCCAGCCCUGAGGGGUGGAGUGCCUGUCUUCCCGCCGCAUCAACCGCCGCACCAGUCGCCGCAAGUCAAGCGAAAAGCGACUACAAUGGCGACACCCACUACGCCGACCUCAGGAGACGCGCGGCGUCGACCGAUGUCAUUCGUCAGAGCCUUGGAAAUGACAGACUCCAUGGAAAUGGUUUCGGCACCCAACGACUCGAGAACACAGAGACCAACUACACCGACACCGGACCGCGCUAGCGUGUACGAUAUGAACUACGAGAUAUCCGUAUAGCCCAUCUUUUCGGUCUCCGCACCCUUCUGCGGCUGGACGGAGAUUCUACGAAAACCGCCGCCAAGUAGCUUGCACGUCUUGUGCUCCAACGAGGAAAGGAUGUAUGCCGUUUACGAGAUAUCCGUCUGAAUUCUUCCGUGAUUGAUACAGUUACGCGCGUUUAACAUUUUCACAUAGACGGCGGUAAACGUGAACCGCGGCUGGUUCUUCAGUUUCGUUUAUCGCCGUGGGAUUAUUCUUACAAAUACGUGAAUAUUGGACUUGCCACAGCAAUCAAGAUACGCUACGUGCACAUUUAAUAAAUUGCCAUCAGUGAUAUAUAUGUAUGGAUGAUGAGUGGAUGUAUGUGUGUGUCUGUGUAUGCGCGCGCGCGCGAAUUAUGUCGUGAUUGACAGUAUACAGCAUUCAUUCUCGGCGAAGUCGGUCCGUCGACGCAUUUAAUUCGUUAGGAAUUCACAUGAAGCAGUAAAUAUGAUGUGGCGAAUCUUUAUUUCUUCGAUUCUUCCUUCGGCAUUGGAAUCUUACGAUACGGCAGUAGAGAGUCUGCAUUUUACACGCGAAUCGAACCAACCAACCACAGCACACGAAUGUCCUGUCGUAUCAAUAAUAUCAUUAGUCAUUGUUAAUAAAUAAAAGCAUAGGUUCCAUGUACGCGUAGCAACGAUAUAUGUCCGUUACGUCGAGAGUAAUUUAGCGUUCGACCCGACUGACGAUCCGAAUUAAUGAGUCACGGAGGCGUCAACGAAAGUAUAUUCCGAGCGCACAGAGGUUGACCUUUAUUGGAACUAAUACCGAUAAUCGGUCCUCUCGCUUGACAGAAGCAAUUAUAUUUUUUAGUACACACAUUAAGGUCAGUUUAGAUUUUUAUACAAUGACACCGUGACUCAUCCUCCUAUAGAAUAUGAUGUUAAUCCAAUGUCAUCCUUUUUUUUUUCUCUUUUCUUUUCUUGUUCAUCUUCAUUGCCGACAAGGCGCACGAUUCGAUAAAUGAGAAAAGUCGUGGGGAUCAUUGUAUUGUCAUCCUUAGUAGCUACUCUUCAAACACCAGAAGAGUCCAUUGGAAAAAAAAGGAGUUACUUAACCAACUUAAGUCAUUAUCGAGAAUAGAAUAACAAGUCUGUGUAAAAUAAUCGUGGAAUAUGUAGCAAAUUUUUAAUAUACAUAUUUAACAAUAUUUAUACGUAAAUGAUAAAAAAUAUAAGACUUUAUAAUUUGACUUGUUUGUUAUAAAUGAUGAUUUUAUCGAUAUGCCCAUUAACAUAUUUUACUUCUAUAUAAAGAAUUUGCAGAAGAGAAUGUAAGAAAGAGAAAAAGGUAUGAGUGUAUGAAAAAAAUUUAACGUGUGAAUGAGAGGAAUGCAUUUUCAGAAUAGUGGAAAGUACCAAUUUCUAGUUUUCUUAAAUGUAUACAGGAGUGACUGUUCAUAAUAUAUGUGCGAACAUAAAAUAAAAACUAUUUUGAUUUUGU